GCAGGAGCCCGCAGACUGUGAUUCACGCCACAGGAGGAGCUUACAGAGGAGCGAGGAGCGCGCAGAGGAGAGGGCUGCGUGGGGAGGAGAGAUAGAGAAAGAGAGAGACGGAGUUGCGUGGUUUUGUCAGCUCUUAUUCUCCUCACCCGGCUCCUCCGUUGUAAACGCGCGCGCGGAGGACGACAGGAUGGAGCGGAUGGAGUCGAUGGAGCCGAUCACGGCGCACUACACCACGGCUUACCCGGAGAUCCAUCCCGAUAGUGGGUACGAAUCUAGAGAGACCACUGACAGCCAGGCGAAGACCCCACCAGCUCCGACAUAUGAUGAGGAAUUAGUGCACAAGACAAUCCUGGUCGGGGACAGUGGAGUGGGAAAGACAUCUCUGUUGGUGCAGUUCGAUCAGGGAAAGUUCAUCCCCGGCUCAUUCUCUGCUACAGUGGGCAUUGGAUUCACGAACAAAGUGGUUACUGUUGAUGAUGUAAAGGUCAAACUACAGAUUUGGGACACAGCAGGACAGGAACGGUUCAGAAGUGUGACACAUGCAUAUUACAGAGACGCACAUGCUCUGCUCCUUCUAUACGACAUCACCAACAAAACCUCCUUUGAUAACAUAAGGGCAUGGUUAACAGAGAUCCAUGAGUAUGCACAGAGCGAUGUAGUCAUCAUGUUGCUGGGCAACAAGGCUGACAUGAGCAGUGAAAGAGCAAUCAGGAGGGAUGAAGGAGAGAGGCUGGCCAGAGAGUAUUCAGUUCCUUUCAUGGAGACAAGUGCCAAGACAGGAGUCAACGUAGAGCUGGCCUUCACUGCUGUGUCCAAGGAGCUGAAGCAUCGGGCCGUCCAACUUCCCAAUGAACCCAAGUUCCAGAUUCACGAAUACAUCGAAGCACAGAAAGAGAAGUCAGGCUGCUGCAGCUACUUUUAAAUCUCCUGUCCUGAGUCCUCCUCCCACCGCUCUGGGUGAACAGACUGACAGAGACACACUGAGAGCUACUGAGUGGGAGGAAGCCCUAUUAAUUCACUGCUGCUCCCAAAAUAUGAUGCUGCCAUUCAUUCAAGACUAAAAGCCAAAAGGAUAAACCAUGCUAUGGACUCACAAAACCCACAUAUUUCUUAAGAUGAGAACAGUUUACCCAUAGGUAUAAAUACUACUAUAUCUACAUAACUAUUUAUAUCUAUGAGUUUACCCAGCUCUUUAGAGUAACUUUUGUCAUCAUGAGCAACUGAAUAUUUUUGGUAGAAAUUUUAACAAAUCUUAUAAAAAGUAUUUCAAUUCUUUGGGAAAAUAGCCUUGUACUAUUUGCUUUCUUUGUGAGAGUUAGAUGGGAAGAUCAAAACUAAUGUGUAGGUAUGUGUUUUAGGUACAGAGAUGGAGUCAGGAAUCAGGAUGUGGUUAGCCUAGCUUAGCACAAAUACUAAAGGUGGAAGGAAACAGCCAGCCUGGGUCUGUCCGAAGCUUAAGAAUACACCUGCGGUUCCAAACCUCUUAUAUGUGCGUAAGUUUUUUAGAACAUGCCUACCGAUCAACCCAGAACUUCUAUACUGCCGAUUAAGCCAUAUAUUAAAAUCACAUUGCUUGUAAACUUUUCUGAACAAUAAACAAACACAAAAAAAUGCUGUAUUUUUGCCUUUAAUAGAUUUUUAUAAUCAUUUAUAGAUGUAAAAAAAAUAGUUAUUUCAAGAUUCAUACGUAUAUUUCCAUGUAACCUGUUAUCUCUUCAGAUUUACUGUACUAUCUUACACAAAGGCUACUGUAACUUCUAGUAGAUGGACACCUUCCAAACCCAAAUAAGUCAUUGCAACAUUGUUGUGCACACUGUACAAACACAGACAGCUGAGGCCCAUCAUAACAUCAUGUUCUACAAAUAUUGGUCAUAAACCAACAUCUGGACCUCAUCCCUACUCAACAUAUUUUGACGCAUGGGCAGAAGCCUUUUGUCAACUCACAUGACUAACAAGGGGUCAGCAGUCAGGUUUAGGCAACACAACUACUUGGUCAGGGUUAUGGAAGAGAUCCUGAUUGAACUAAGUCAUCAGAGUUGACUCAUGUGACUAACAACUGACGUGACUAAAUAACAACAUGGAAUUAGGUUCUCACAAGACAUGAAUCUUGAUCUCCUGGGUCAAAAGUCCUGUGCUUGUUGGACCCAUCCACCAACGCUUCUACCCACCCUAAGCGGACUUUGACAAUCCUAAAUCUAAAUCCGUUGCUCUGAACAUCUAACAAUGAUGGAGAUGGGUUAACACUGAAGUUUGUUAAAAGCGUGGUGCAUCUCGUACAGACUCUAAAUGGGGCCCCUGGUGUCAUUAUAGUGUCACUGGAGACACUAACCAAGCAGCGUAUUUUGACGUCCUAGGAGUGAGACCACGCUGAAUUUUUGACCUGAUGGUGCUAAAUGGAAAGUUCAGGGCUCACCAAAGUGAUUAGGGUUCUUCUUAAUGUCUGUAUCAGAUUCAAUGGCAAUCCAUCUAAUAGCUGUCACUAUUGUCAGUAGCAUUUAACAAAAAAAAUCAAAAUGUCAACCUCAUGGUAGCACUAAAGCAAAAUUGCGGAAUCACCAAAAUGAGCAGGUUUUAUCCUUUGAGGACCAUGAAUAUCUGCAAACAUUUUCACUGUAAUUCAUUCAAAAGCUGUUGCACUAUUUCAGCGUUGACCGACUAACUGACCAACCAACCGUCAUUUCAUCCCUAUAGAGCCAUCAUACUAGCAUGGCUAAAACAAUAAUUUGUAGUUUUAGGAGGAGUAACAUGCUCUUAGCUUAGCAUGCUCAGCUAGUCCAACAACAUCUCGACUGAAGCUCCUUACUGAACAGAGAUAUGAGAUAGAGUUUGAUCUUCUCAUCUAACUACUAAUAUAAGUUAUGCUUCUCUGAACAGUGAUCACUUUUGUUUGCCUUACGUAGAUGUCAGGUUUUUCUACCGUUUAAUUUAUAAUUAAAUAAUUGCUGAUGGAAGUACAAGGAUGUUACGAACUCACCAGUUUGCCAAAGUAGAAACAAAAAACUGCAAACACCCACACACCACUGGCAUAAGCCAGGGGAACACACAGUCUCAAAGCAAACUUCAAAAAUUCAACAUUGUUAGAACCUUAUGUAUCAUGCAAUCUACCAAGAGAUCCAGACAAAGGCCAUACACUGUGUCACGGAUGCAAUUCAAAGCCAAGUACAUGGACAAAAGCCCUGUCUGUUUAUGACUUGGUCAGACUGGUGCAUUCCUGAGAAGCGAAAGUCGGCUGCUGUUGAACGCUUGCUGACUCAAGAAAAGCUCAGGGACUCAGCUGGAGAUGACGCUUAUGUGCUCUCUGAGUGCCUGGGGAGGAAGACCACAAGACAACUCUAUAUUUGAACAUGCAGAGAAACGCAAAUGUUUCGGUCACCUGAAAUGUGACCCUAGAGGAAGGAUUGCUGCAUAUGACCAAACAUCACAUGAGCUACUUGAUGAUGAUCUGCGGCUGGAUUUCCAAUUUGGUCCAAUUUUAGGAAAUAUCUAUGUACAUACUGUAUUUGUGAGUGAGUGAGCAGAUUUUUGAAAAAUCUUUUUGGACAUGUUGGCUGCAUUAUUUCCUCCCUUCCCCAUGGCUUGAUUAACUUUAAAGCUUAGUUGCAUGUUUGGAUUGCAUGUAACAAGUCUGUGCACAGUGCCUCCAGAACAUAUGAAACUCUGUUUAUAUUUGUAUCAAGACGAACAUGAAGUAUGAACAUAUAAUUAGCAUUUCUCUUCGGAUUUUAACUCGCGCUCAGGGUUAAAUUUUGUUUUGAAAUAUAAGAUCUAGUAUAUAAGUCCAAAUCAACACAUUAAAGCUGCAUUAAUGGAUUAAAAAUUUGUUUUAGGCCAUUUUCAGGCUGUGGAAAAGGUGUAAACACAACAUAUUAUCACCUUGAAAAUCAAACAGUUGCGUAUUUUCACAUUUGGCAAAUACAGAGAAACAUCAGUGCUGAGUUUCUGGCCAUCCAAUAAAUCUAAGCAUACUCUCUGUAGCUCUGUUUUGGUCUCCACCACUUUACAAGAAAAAUAUCUGUCUUUUCAGCUGCUGAAUGCUACGUUUUGUUGCUAACUUUGUCUGUCUGCCAUUUCUUUUUAGGCAGGUACUGAACUGUGGUUUUAGCGGAAUAUUCAGAGUUUCAGGCCAGCCAACCAAAACAAUUACUUAAAGAUUCUGUAUCUGACGGUUAGAGCAUUAAUAUAGCAGCAAACCCUUAUUUGCUAUGUAAAGAUAUAGCGAAGUAAUGGUGUCUUGGGAGGAGAAUAAAGUGAUACUACCUUGUAAUCCGAGUUUAGCCACAUAGCACCCAUCCUCUGGUUCCCCCCCUGGAUAACAGCGUUAGCUCUGUCACCAUUUUUGCCAUUGUUUAGUGCUGUUCAUGGAGUUAGCACUGUUAGCUGUUGGCUGAUUGCUCUUCAGCUGAGGGGAGCUGCAGAAUUUGGUGGUAAUUCUCUGUGGCUUUGUCACUACAGGUCAUAGCAUUUCUAUUGUACAUAUUUAUUUGAUCCAUUGUUAAUGUAAAAAUAUUCAUUACUGCAGCUUUAAUGAUGAACUAAUGAUGUCAGAACAACAGCUCAAUGUUCAGGUUUUUCUGUAACACAAGCAAGUUUAAGAACUUCUGCUUGCAGUAUGCAACGUUCCUCUGCAAAUAUUUCAUAUUGGUCGAUUACUAUAUGGAUGCUCAGGUCUGACACAGUUUAUAAUCUAAAAUUAUUCAGAUUAUAACCAUUCGACUUUGUACACAUCGUUUGUACAACAGUUGUUUGUUGUCAGACCACGCUGCCAAAAGUUGUCUUUGAUGUGAUGUAUGCUGCAUAAGAAAUAAACUAUUUUUAA